AUGGAGACAACAGGCUUCACUUCCACCCAACUGGAAGUCCGAGAAGCUAUAUCUGCGCUAUGCUCCAAAUUUCCGAAUAGCUACUGGCGCGAACGCGACGACAACGCGAACGACCCCUCGGACUUUCACGCUGCAUUAGCAAAAGACGGUUGGCUGGGUAUCGCCCUUCCUGAAGCAUACGGUGGCUCCGGUCUAGGAAUCUCUGAAGCAACAAUGAUGAUGCAGACAAUUUCCGAAUCCGGGGCUGGCAUAGCUGGAGCCCAAGCUAUCCACGCGAAUGUAUAUGCGACACAACCGCUAGCAAAAUAUGGAAGUGAAGAGCAGUUGAAAGAGACGAUACCCAAGAUCAUUAAUGGAGAGUAUCGCACGUGUUUUGGUGUUACGGAGCCAAAUUCGGGGUUAGAUACACUCCGCCUGAGUACUUUUGCGAAGAAAGAUGGAGAUGGGAACGGGUAUAGUAUAACAGGCCAGAAGAUAUGGAUAACAUGUGCACAAGUCGCAUCACGGAUGAUACUCCUCGCGCGAACAACGCCCCGUGAAGAAGCAGAGAAGCCAAGUAAAGCACUGAGUAUGUUCUGUAUACCACUCGAUCGCUCCGCCCCAGGAUUGGAAAUGCGGCGCAUCAAGAAGAUGGGAGGAAGGGCCGUAGACGCAAACGAAGUCUUCUUCGACAACUACCGCAUCCCCGCUGAUUGUCUCGUUGGCGAAGAAGGCGAUGGCUUCAAAAUCAUCCUACAUGGUAUGAACGCAGAAAGAUGCUUGCUAGCGGGCGAAGCAUUGGGUUUAGGCUACGCAGCUUUGACCAAAGCAAGCACUUACGCGCGCGAACGCCACGUCUUCCAGCGGCCCAUUGGCAUGAACCAAGGUAUCGCGCACCCGCUCGCAGAUGCAUAUAUGCAGCUCGAAGCCGCAAAACUGGCUACCUACCACGCGGCGCGGCUGUACGAUGCUAGCAAAACGGACGAAAGCAUCAGGCAAGAUGCUAUUGGUGUUGCGGCGAACACCGCAAAAUACCUUGCUGCUGAGGCGGCGUUCACGGCGUGUGAGAGGGCGGUGUUGGCACAUGGUGGCAUGGGAUAUGCGCAGGAAUAUGACGUUGAGCGGUAUCUUCGUGAGUGCUUCGUGCCCAGGAUAGCGCCUGUGAGUCGGGAGAUGAUAUUGAACUAUAUUGGGGAGAAGGUCUUAGCGCUACCGAGGAGUUAUUGA